CCAUUUCUACCCUCCCAUGCUCCCAAAGGCAUAACCAGAACUUGUACCUGUCACUUCCACUCAUACCCUGUUGACCAGAAACACCAACCACGGGAGAGAAAUGGAGUUCUGAUUCUGAUGGCCCUGGGCCCUGCUGAAUUCUGUCACCAUGUAGAAGGGGACAAUGGUUAUACAAUUUGAUGAGCAAUUUCUCACAUAUUAUGCACAUUUGUGAGUAGGCCUUAGACUGUAUUGGGUGAUCUAAACUCUGUGCUUGGCGCAGCCUGGGGGAAGUGACUUGAGAGUGUGUUGCAAUAAAUAGUCAUCAUUUCCUGAUUAUGACUGGGAGGCAGGGACUGUGGGUAUGUAACAGCAAAUGAUUAAAAAUGGAACAAAGCUGUUAUAGUACAUCAAGGAGUCAUGAGACCAUUUUGACUUACCACAAACAGCAAAAUUCAACGAAGAUCCUGGAAAGAGGCUUAGGGGGCCACGAUGAUCCUGCCAUCCCUGGCCCUGUUCUGUGUUGGGCUGUGUGUUGGCCUACCAGACUGCAUAACAGACGAGUCACUUCCCAGGCCCUCCAUCAGUGUCUGGCCCAGCUGGGUGGUUCCCACUCACAGUAAGGUGACACUGCAAUGCUCAGCUCCUAUCGAGAAUGUCAAGUUUAUUUUUAAAAAAAAUAACUCCACCAUACAGUUGUUGGAAUCUUCUGAUACCAUAGAGACUGGGACAGAACUUCACCUCACUGAUCUACAAAACAGUGAUGCUGGAGAGUACACCUGUGAAUAUUAUAGAAGACAGAGCCCCAACAAAAGGUCACCACCCAGUGAUGUCCUUCUACUACUGGUGACAGGGUAUUUAGCCAAACCUUCCCUCCAAGGCCACCAUAGGGGCAAUGUGACUGCAGGAGAAAACAUGACUCUGCAGUGCCAGAAGCCCAGACAUGUGAUUGAGUCUUACAUGUUUGUUCUACUGAAGAAAGGAACUCCAACAUCCAUACAGCUGCAGAAUCCAGUAGGGGAGGAGCCAGGCUUUCCCCUUCGAAGUGUGACAGUCAAUGACACUGGGAACUACAGCUGUGUGUACUACCAAAAAAGGGCUCCUUUCCUGGCCUCAGUGCCCAGUGAUCACUUUGAGAUCUGGGUGACAGAUGAAACAGAGUCUGCCAAGAGAACAGAAACACUAGGGACCACUGAAAUCAUCCUCAUUGUCACCUUCACCUCACUCUUCCUCCUUGCAGCCUUCCUCCUCAUCUACAAAUACACCUGCUGUGGGGCAGCUCGUAACAGGGCAACGAAAUGCUCCCACUCUUCUAAGAACCCUGAAGUCGUGACAGAUGCGUCUACAGCUAUGAUGAGCUGCUCUCCUGCCCUGGAUGAAGGAUCUCAGGAGUCAAGAGCUGAAGAACCUCAUGGAGUGAUGUAUGCUGAGCUGAAUGCCAGAGCCCUGAGUGAGGGCCCUUCCAACCAGAUGCAGCAACCUCUAGAAACCUGUGUGUAUUCGACCCUUAAGAUGUAGCCAGGAAGAGAUCUGGAUCCAGGAAGAACCUCCAACAAGGGGCUGGACAGUGGGCAGAAGCCCCUUGGGGGAUGAGACAAAUGGAGAUGCCUUUCCUCAGAUCUCCAGUUUAGGCUUCCUUCUUCUAAAGAAAUAAAAUUUAUAUAUUUCUAGUAAGAUUUAUUUUUAGAGGGAAGGGAGGGAGGGAAACAUCGAUGUGAAAGAGGAACAU